UGCACAGUAGUAAAGAAGACAUCUGGUGAGUGUGAGCCACCCAGCAGCCAUAGCCGUGUGAUACGUGGACUGAGCAGAACUAAGAGCCCCAUCACUGUGCCUCCACCAGUGACCAGAAGAUCCUGGAACUCGCCAACAAGAUCAUUCAGCUGCUGACUGGAGAGGUAGAACGUCUGUCUGAUAUUAAAACAGCUGAUAUAGAGGGAGAAGAGGAGACGUAUGUGACUGAUAUAAAGGCAGAAUAUAUAGAGGGAGAAGAAGAGACGUAUGUGACUGAUAUAAAGGCAGAAUAUAUAGAGGGAGAAGAAGAGACGUAUGUGACUGAUAUAAAGGCAGAAGAUAUAGAGGGAGAAGAAGAGACGUAUGUGACUGAUAUAAAGGCAGAAGAUAUAGAGGGAGAAGAAGAGACGUAUGUGACUGAUAUGAAGGCAGAAGAUAUAGAGGGAGAAGAAGAGACGUAUGUGACUGAUAUAAAGGCAGACGAUAUAGAGGGAGAAGAAAAGACGUAUGUGACUGAUAUAAAGGUAGAAGAUACAGAGGUAGAAGAAGAGACGUAUGUGACUGAUAUAAAGGCAGAAGAUACAGAGGGAGAAGAAGAGACGUAUGUGACUGAUAUAAAGGCAGAAGAUAUAGAGGGAGAAGAGGAGACGUAUGUGACUGAUAUAAAGGCAGAAGAUAUAGAGGGAGAAGAAGAGACGUAUGUGACGGAUAUAAAGGCAGAAGAUAUAGAGGGAGAAGAAGAGACGUAUGUGACGGAUAUAAAGGCAGAAGAUAUAGAGGGACAAGAAGAGACGUAUGUGACUGAUAUAAAGGCAGAAGAUAUAGGGGGAGAAGAAGAGACGUAUAUGAAGGGUGAUAAGCAGUAUAAGGAGGAGGAGAUCCCUACAGAUAUCAGCACAGCAGAUGGACACACAAGCAGGAAUAUCUCAGAAGGACAUCUAAUGUUAUCACCGGAUUGUGGCAUAAAAGAUAAUGACAGUAGACAGGAUUCUCCAGGAGCAAACCCCAUUACCCCAAUUAUACAUCCAGCUCUAUCAGCUGGUCCCUCUGAUCCUGGGAAAUGUUCUCCUGAUCACUCUGAUAUUGGUGCAUCUGUUACAGCUCGGAGAGUAGAUACAGUGUUUCCGUGUUCUAUAGAUGCCAAAUGUUUUACACAGAACACAAAGCUUAUUACCCAUCAGCCAGCUAAGGCAGGGGAGAGGCCAUUUCCAUGUUCUGAGUGUGGGAAAUGUUUUACAUACAAAUCAGCUCUUGUUACACAUCAGAGAAGACACACAGGUGAGAAGCCAUUUCCAUGUUCUGACUGUGGAAAAUGUUUUGCAUGGAAAUCACAACUUGUUACACAUCAGCAAAGUCACACAGGUGAGAAACCAUUUCCAUGUUCUGAGUGUGGGAAAUGUUUUACAUGGAAAUCACAACUUGUUACACAUCAGCAAAGUCACACAGGUGACAAACCAUUUCCAUGUUCUGAGUGUGGGAAAUGUUUUACAUGGAAAUCACAACUUGUUACACAUCAGCAAAGUCACACAGGUGAGAAGCCAUUUUCAUGUCCUGAGUGUGGGAAAUGUUUUGCACAGAAAUCAGAUCUUGUUAAACAUCAGCGAAGUCACACAGGUGAGAAGCCUUUUUCUUGCUCUGAGUGUGGGAAAGGUUUUGCACACACAUCAGCUCUUCUUAUACAUCACAGAAGUCACACUGGUGAGAAGCCAUUUCCAUGUUCUGAGUGUGGGAAAUGCUUUGCACAAAAAUCAGAUCUUGUUAAACAUCAGAGAAGUCACACAGGUGAGAAGCCUUUUUCUUGCUCUGAGUGUGGGAAAUGUUUUACACGGAAAUCACAACUUGUUAUACAUCAGAUAAGUCACACAGAUGAGAAUCCAUUUACAUGCCCUGAAUGUGGGAAAUGUUUUGUACACAAAUCAGAUCUUAUUAGUCAUAACAGAAGUCACACAGGUGAGAAUCCAAUUACUUGCUCUGAGUGUGGGAAAUGUUUUACAUGGAAAUCACAACUUGUUAUACAUCAGAGAAGUCACACAGGUGAGAAGCCAUUUCCAUGUUCUGAGUGUGGUAAAUGUUUUGCAUACAAAUCAGAUCUUGUUAAACAUCAGAGAAGUCACACAGGUGCAAAGCCAUUUCCAUGUUCUGAGUGCGGGAAAUGUUUUACACAGAAAUCACAUCUUGUUAGACAUCAGCAAAGUCACACAGGUGAGAAUCCAUUUCCAUGCUCUGAGUGUGGGAAAUCUUUUUCACACAAAUCAGCUCUUGUUAUACAUCACAGAAGUCACACAGGUGAGAAGCCUUUUUCUUGCUCUGAGUGUGGGAAAUGUUUUACACGGAAAUCACAACUUGUUAUACAUCACAGAAGUCACACAGGUGAGAACCCAUUUCCAUGUUCUGAGUGUGGGAAAUGUUUUGCACAAAAAUUAGAUCUUGUUAAACAUCACAGAAGUCACACAGGUGAGAAGCCUUUUUCUUGCUCUGAGUGUGGGAAAUGUUUUACACGGAAAUCACAACUUGUUACACAUCACAGAAGUCACACAGGUGAGAACCCAUUUCCAUGUUCUGAGUGUGGGAAAUGUUUUACACGGAAAUCACAACUUGUUACACAUCAGAGAAGUCACACAGGUGAGAAGCCAUUUUAAUCUUCUGGAGUAUACUUAUCAUUGCCAUGCAUUGUUCUUCAAGGUUCUUAUCCUAUCUCCUAUGCUUUUUGCAAUAAUACAUGCUACCGCAGGGUGAAAUAAUCAGAUGUCAUGCCCUCAUCUACCACUGCUAUACAGAUGAUCUGUCUUUUGCUCCAGGUACUGAGAAACCAGUCCCAAUCCUAAAUGGUUGUCUAGCUGAGCUCCAGGUGUGGUGGGUGAUGCCAGUUGGCUGUGACUCAGUCCUGGUGAAACAGGUCCUUAUGAUAGAAGCUCACCAACAAAGGGCAGGGCUACAGCUCAACUUUGCGAACCAACCAGGCUUUGCGCUUGGGGGUUCAGAGUUACAAAAUGCUGAUAUGGGAGUCAUUGCGAUUUAGUUUGUUGACGAUUUUCGCUAUGCUGCAAUUAGUUGCAAAUUGCGCAUGCGGAAGGCACGCAGGGCGCAUGCGCUUAGUUAUUUAACACAGAACUUAGCAGUUUUGCUGUGACUUCUGCGGCGCUUUUCAGUCGCACUGGUGUUCGGUAAAUGAUUGAUAGGAAAGGGGCGUUUGUGGGCGGCAAGUCUGCGUUUUUCCGGCGCUUGCAAAAAAACACAUACGUUUCAGGGAAAAACGCGGGCCGAACGCAGGGCGUGUUUGUGACGUCAAACCAGGAACUAAACAGACUGAGCUGAUCGCAAUUCCUGAGUAGGUCCACAGCUACUCAGAAACUGCAAAGAAUUAUUUAGUAGCAAUUCUGCUACUCUUGUUUGCAAUUCUGCUAAGCUAAGAUACACUCCCAGAGGGCGGCGGCCUAGCGUGUGCAAUGCUGCUAAAAGCAGCUAGCGAGCGAACAACUCGGAAUAAGGGCCCAUGUGCGGAAUCUUGAUGUCCUGGGUGGUGGAGUGAUACUUAGACAUCAGGUAUCAGCUACAAUCAGUUCCUCAUGUGUGGACCAUAGCCAAACUCCAGCACUUAUUUAUACAUGUACUUGUAUUAUCCCACUUUGGGGGUCAUUCCGACCUGAUCGCUCACUGCAGUUUGUCGCAGCGAUCGGGUCGGAACUGCGCCGGCGCAUGCCAGUCAUCGUUGCCUAGCGAUCGCCUCUGAGACAGAGGGAGGGGGCUGGACGGUGGCCAAAGCAGGCGUGGCUGGACCGUUGGGGGUGCGGGCCAUGGCGGCAGUGAAGGACAACUCCCGGCCAGCCACAGGAGCUGCACUGGUUGGGAGUUACUCCAGAAAUAUAAAAGCAUCGCCGCUGUGUGAUGCUUUUGUAUUUGGGCGGGGAGGCACUGACCUGCAGGGCGGACUAGCCCUGUGCUGGGCGUUUCCCCCGCAUGUCAGGGAAGAUGAUUGUAGCUACAAUCAACUCGGAAUGACCCCCAUAGACUACUGCAAUGUCCUCUGCCUGGGUCUCCCAGCAGAAGAAUUGCACCACUUGUAGCUUGUACAGAAUGCAGCAGCCAAGCUGUUACCUAACCAGCCCGUUCCUGCCACAUAACCAUUCUCUACUCCCUUCACCGGCUGCCUGUAAGAUGGUGACUCUGGGCCUAAUUCAGGUUGGAUCGCAGUGUGUGAUAGAACUGGAAUUAUUCCAAAAAAAGUUGUGGGCGCAUCCACUGCGCCCAUCCUGUGCAUGCUCCCACCUUUUCCACUCCCACAAGCAGUUAUGGGUGUGGGUGGGCAAUGCUCCAUUUCCAGGGAGGAGGCAGUGUGGCGCGAAUGGAGGGCAGAGGCGGACAAAUGGGCAUGAUCACGGUGGCUGUGUGACAUCACGUGCAGCUGCCAUGAUUGAGAAGAAUGCGGUGGGCCUCCUGCAGGUGCAGCUAAGCUGCAGCAGCAGGAGGCUUCACUAACUUCUACGAUGAAGCAGAAAUUGUGAGGCAAUCGCAUUUUCUGCUUCAUCAAGGAGGAGGCGGCGGUCAGCAUGCUGGGUGGCUUUGCGCUGCGAUGGGCGGCCCCCAGCAUGCUAGGAAAAGGAUUGCUAAUUCUGCUAAUUAGCAGCAUCUGCAAUCCUUACUGAAUUAGGCCCUCUAUUAAAUAAUCUUACUGACUCUCCCAGCCUUGCAUGACCAUGGUACCAGAAGCAGCUUCUGCCUCCUUACGGCCCUGGUUACUUCCAUCUGUUGAUGAAGGACUUAGCAGUACCAUAAAUUCCCAAGCAAUGCUUAGAUGUCAGGGGAGACAGGGUGGGUGGCAGUAGUGCAGUAGCGGGGGCUGCUGGAGGCAUUGUCUAAAUGGGUAUUAUUGUCCCCAAGCAGCGCUGAGGAGGGAGACAGGGUGGGUGGCAGUAGUGAGAGCUGCUGGAGGCAGUGUCUAUGUGGGUAAACAUCCACAAGCAGGGCUGAGGUGUCAGAGCAGGGAGACAGGGCAGGGGGCAGUAGUGGGAGCUGCUGGAGGAAGUGUGUAUAGGUAAAUGUUCCUAAGAAGGGCUGAGGUGUCAGAGUGGGGAGACAGGGCAGGUGGCAGUAAUAGGGGGAGACAGGUCGGGUGGCAGUAGUGUGGGGAGACAGGGCGGUGGCAGUAGUGGUGGGGAAACAGGUUGGUGGCAGUAGUAGGGGGAGACA